UGGCAACACUUGCGAAUCGACGCCUUCUGCAACAGUCGGUUUUUGAACGGUGAAGGGAGUGACAAUGUUUGAGAGAAAAGAAACUGAAAAUGGGUAUAUAAUUUAUGUGAACACGAGGAACAAUCAACAGGUACUCCAGGUAGAUCCAAAGCUACAAGAUGUGCUAAAUUUUCUCAAUGGAUCCUACAUAACCAGGCACUACAAGUAUCGUUGUGCCGCCCGGCUUAGUGCCAUCCGAAAGAGAUUGUUCACAUCAAAGAUUCCCUUCCAUGUGGUCUUAUCGAUCCUGGAACGGCAUCAAUUGGGCCAGAUUGUGGAUGAUGCACCUGUUAUAAAACCUGGCCAAUUGACCAGUGUUCUGCAUGAUAUCUUCUAUGCCAAUGAUAAAUUGAAAUGUUUUGCCGAAGAAAAGGGUUUCGAUGUUGAAGAAGCCACAGGUUUGCUGGCCAAUUUUCUGUGGAAUAUCUUCGAUCCCAAUCGCUGUCGAUCAUUGUCAGGAUUGGAAUUGAGGGAAGCCCUAUUGCUCCUCUGCGACACAAACUCCUUUGAGGAUUUUAUUAAGCAUCACUUCAUUUUAUCGUCUGAUCACAAUCGCUGUGUCCCUCAUCAUAAGUUUAAAUCACUACUCAUGGUCCUCACCAGAAUCCUCAAUUACAUUGACCGGGAGAUCUGUUGCGAUGACAAGACCAUCUCUGCUAUUGUCCAGGAGUCUUUCAGCGCAGCCGAGUGUCCAGGAAUUGCUGGCCUGAAUGAGUAUCAAUUCUACAAAAUCUGGACUACUGAUGACAUCCAGUUUCAUCACUACGUAGAUCUCCUGGCCACGAUGCGCAGGAUCGAAGCCUUCAAUAACUUUGUGCAUCCCUACAAAUGCUCGAGUUGCCUGUCCCAGGAGAUCACAGGACUCCGUUUCAAGUGUCAUCGCUGUGUGAGAUUCCAACUGUGCCUGGAGUGCUUCCUCAAAGACUUCCAAAACAAACGACAUCAACCUGUUCAUAAAAUGUCCGAAGCUGAAGCCGAGGAGAAAAUGUCCAAGCGUUUUGGGAUUUUGAUGCUCAAAAUGUGUCAUCUCUUCGAUGGCCCUUCACAAUCUGACCAUGAGACAAGUUCAAGGGAGAUCUCCAAGCCCCUGGAACAGUCCACUCGUCGCUCUUCCCAGCACUUCAGCCAGAACUUUACCAUUCGCUCAAAGAGUGGCACUUUUCGGCUCCGGAAGCCCCAAUUCACAGCCAAUGAUCAACUCUUCGGGAUCAUUCAAUUGCUGACCAGUGAAAAUUCCCUCUUCCAGUCAAAGUUAUCUGAGAUUCAGACAACUUGCGAUCCCAAAUCAGAUUUUUACACCUACCUGGAGAGCCACAAAAAUAUCAUCACAGAGCAAAUUGAUCAACUAAGGAGUAUCUGGAAGCAGUCGCUGAUCAAUCAAAGGCCACACUAUUCCAGCACUCCGCACAGACCAGCCCUCAUGGACGUCAAUUGGCGGAAAGUCGAAGUUGAGGAGGAUAUGCAGCCAAUGCAACCAAUGGAGAGAACAAUAAGGGGCGUGGACAUCAACAGGACAUAUUUUGAUGCAAAUCGUUCGGAUUAUUCGGUAAAGGAUGUGAGUUCGUGGAUUCAAAAUAGGAAGUCACUGCAUCAGGAGGAUGUAGAUGUGCUGGAUAUGUCGGUGCUGGAGACACAGAUGGUGAAUUUCCGUGAGUUGCUGUCGAAAGUGAAGGAGAUCGUUGAAGAUUCCUAUAGCGAUAACAUUCAACUGUCGAAAGCAACACACCAACUUGAGUAUGUUCUUGACAGGAUAAUUGGGGAGGCUGAGGAACAGAAGAAACACAAUCCAUAGAAUUUUAUAUUUAGCUUUUGUGCAGAAAAUGCAGGUAAAAGAAAUAUUUAAAUGGCAAUUCGCCGAAAUGUUGGCAAAAUGCCUUUUUUAAAUUUUCCAUUUAUUUGCACAAUUAUCAACGGCCACAGAGCACUUUUAAGACAUUAAUAAUUUUUUUUUAUUUAUGUGUGUGUAACUUGGAAGAAUUUUAUAUAAGUGGAAUGACCACGAUAUUGUUUUCAAGAAUGAAAAAGAGGUGUUUACGAGAAAAUUAUUUCUCCAUUGUAACCAUGCAACUUAUUAGUGAGACAGUGCAACUUGGGACAUUCCAUUGAACAAUGAUUUUACGAGAACAUUAAGGUGAGAUUUUUAAUAAUCUAUCACUGUUAAUUUUUAAUUUGUAAAGCAGAGAAAGGAAAUAGAUUCCGAAAAGACAUUAAAAAGAAGAGAAAAUUCAAAUGAAUCCUUCGAGUUUUGAGAUAAAGAAAGCUUAAUUUUCUUUACUUUAAAAAUAAAAUGUAAAAAUUAAAGAUUUCCUAUUCUCAAUUGAAUUAUUAUAUUCAGUAAUUAUAGUUUGAAACAUUCCUCGCAAUCAGCUUAAAAAUUAAAAAAAAACCUAAAGAA